AUGGAAACCAUGAGUGAAAUGUGAUGGAAGAAAGAAAUAAGCGACCUUUACAAGUUGUUGAUAUUUUAUAGCUAUACACUCUUGUCAAUUGGCCUAUUUUCUCGAAUCUUGUAUUUUAUGUGCAAUUGGUCUAUUGAGAUGGAGCCUCUUCAAGUCGAAGUCGUAAUACUUCAUUUCGUAAAUAUUAUUCUUGUCAAAAUCUUCAAGAAUUCCUCGUUUAAAGUAAAAAUUCUCGUGAUUUUAUUCUUCACUGAGUCUUAUAAUUGUUUUUGCUUCUAUGCAUCAAUGAUAAAGAGUGAAGACUCCAAUAUAUUGGCAGUUUUCGCUAUAAUGCUAACAACAAGAUUUCAGCUGCCAAUUAUUAAAAACAAGCUUUACUUGAAUCUGCUUCUUAUUAAAAAUUUAUUGAUAUGGUGCUUCAUCCGAAUAAAUAGCUUCCAAGAUUCACAGUUUAGACUAAUGGAGAUUAAUUUUACAUUAAGCACAAUAAUCACAUGCAAUAUAUGGCAUUAUUAUAAAAUGAAGAUAUCCUUUGAGAAAUUUAACUUGAGCAAGGAACUGGAAAAAAACCAUGAAAUACUGACAUUUAUUACAGAAGCUUCUCGGGAUGGAAUUAUAGUACUCUCUGAGAGCCUGACGAUUGAGUUUAAUAAUAAAAACUCUCUUAAGCUCCUAGAUUGUGAUAAGAUUGAUCUCUUGUCUUCUAUAUCACAAAAUGAAUAUUUUCAAGAAAAAAAGAUGUCAGGGAAUCCUACAUCGAACUUGGUGAUAGAUGACAUUAUGUAUUGCUUUAAUGUCGCAGAUUUCACUGAAAAGACUUUAGGCAUAAGUCUUGUAAAUGGCCGAAACUUAGAAUGAAAAAUCCAAAAAAUUUCUUGAUACGAUAAAAACUGCCUGUUUAUAACUAUCAGAGAUGCAACUCAGAUCAUAACGCUUGAAAAUUCAAUUGCAAGUGAUAUAGAAAUUUCCCAUAGAUGGCGCUGUUUGCCCUUGAUUUGCCCACUGGGGAAAAAAUUUUGGUUCAACCAGUCCCAUAUGGUUUGGUCAAACCAAAAAGAUUUUCUUAUGGGCAAAUUAAGGGCAAACAGUGCCAUCUAUGGGAAAUUUCUAUAACAUGAAAACUGUCUUACUGAGAUCAGUUUCCCAUGAACUUCGAACCCCACUUAAUGCCAUAAUAUAUUUUACUAAUGAUAUUUUGGAAAAGCAUAAUUUACAGACCUCAGGAGAAAUUGAAAAAUUUAAAGCAAUAUCAGUUUCUUCACAGCUUAUGCUAUCUCUUAUUAAUGAUUUGCUUGAUUUUUCGAAAAUGCUUGCAGGAGUGUUCAGCAUUCAUAAAGCUGAUUGUCAAUUAAAAGACAUAAUAAAAAAUGCUUGCAAGCUAAUUCAAAUGCAAUGUAAAAAGAAAAAGCUAAAGCUAAUUAUUAGAAUUGAUGAAAGGAUUCCAAAUAGAGUUUACACUGAUUCUUUGAGGCUUAGUCAGAUCUUGCUUAGCUUGCUUACAAAUGCUUUGAAGUUCACUAUGAAAGGCUGAAUCGAAGUGAUAUGUCUGCUCGAUAAAAAAAAUCAAUUAAAAAUUACAAUAGAGGACACUGGAAUCGGGAUAUCAGUAGAUUAUCUGAUAAAACUUUCCUCUGAGUUUUCUUCAUCAGUUUCUCCACCAGUAAGCCCUCAAGGAUGUGGCCUUGGGCUUUAUGUUUCAAAUUCAUUGGUAAAAAAACUCGGAAAUAAGCCUAUUGAAAUUCGUUCUCAGCCUGGAAAAGGCUCAGCUUUUAUAUUCAAAAUCAACAUUUUCCCUGAGAACACUCAAAGCGACGAAUACGAUGUUUUCACAGAAAGUCUGGUCGAAGAAAAUUUAAUUCGAUCUGAUAUGAGCCAAUAUUCGAUAAGGAACAAAAACUUUGCUCCUUCAGUUCUAAUUGUUGAUGAUAAUGAAUUAAAUCGGCUUGUCCUAGGAUCAAUUUUAUUACAAUAUCAUAUAGCAUUCGAUGAAAGUGGAGGUGGAAAAGAUGCAAUUAAAAAGAUUGCUGAAAGAGAUAAGCUUGGAAGUGGAUACCGAGUAGUUAUUAUGGAUUGCGAUAUGCCAGAGAUCGACGGCUUUGAAGCAACAAGAAAAAUCAAUUUAUUAUUUAGAGAUCGAGAAAUUAAUGAAAUGCCGAAUAUUAUAGCUUAUACAGCUUUUACAUUAGAUGAAGAUCGAGCUGCGUGCUUUGAGUGUGGGAUGGUGGAUUAUUUAAUAAAGCCUUCUACCCCUGAGAAAAUAAUUAGCACAGUUAAAAAGUAUUUAUAA